GCCUGCACAGUUGAAAUCAAGAAAGCUAACAAAGUGAACAACUUCGAAAGAAGCGAACAAAUUGAACAAAACCUCCAAAGAGAGUAAAGAAAGUGAAGAAAAAUCAGUGAAAAUGUCUGUUCUGCCAUUGAUUGUGAACUUUUCUGACGACAUCUUCGACGAUGUGGAUCCCUUUUGGGGAUUCGGAAUAACUCCUCGUGAUCUCUGGCUGGCCCAGAGACAACGAUUGGGGCAAUCCAAACGUCGAUGGAACUUAGACAAGGAUGUCUGUGUCAGGAAAAAUGCUGAGAAGGAAGGAUUUGAGAUGAGCCUUGACGUGAGGCACUUCAAACCAGAAGAGAUCUCCGUGAAAACUGUGGACAAUCACAUUGUGGUGGAGGGUAAACAUGAGGAGCGCGAAGAUGACAAUAGCUUCAUUUCCCGCCACUUUGUUCGCCGGUAUGCCCUGCCUGAUAAUUGCAACAUCCAGGAAGCGGUGUCCACAAUGACUGCGGAUGGAAUUCUCACCGUGAAAGCACCACCAAAGGCCAUUGAGAACAAGGAGCGUGUUAUUGAUAUUCAACAAAUAGCACCUCCAACCUCAACUGAAGAAGAUAAGAAGAAGAAAUAGGACUGAUUAAAACAAUUCUUUUUUUUUGAUUAUUUAUCAUGGAGACUGAUUUCAAAGAUUUUAUUUAUGUAGAUAAAAUCAAUAUUUUUCGUCAAUAAAAAAAUAUUUCAUUAUA